AAGCUAGCAUAGUGACGUGAGGCUGCCAGAAAACGAAUAAUUCCUAAAUGAUUCUAACUAAGAGUGGCGAAUUAUGAGUUCUCCAAGUGAUUUGACCGUGGACUCCUUACUAGUCACCUUGGCUAGUAUGGGAUUUGACUUGGACCGUGGUCAAGCAGCGAUACAGGCAGGAAAACUUACUGUACAUGAAGCUGUAGAAUGGUUAUUGCAAGGUGGAGACAGAACUCAAGAAAUUUCAACGAGACCAACAACUACGCUCUCCCUUCGACCAUCAUCACAAGUACCGGCACAACAAUCAUCAAGCGUUAGCUCCCAAGACCAGAAUUAUCUCCCUUUCAGUAUGCCGCCAACAUCUGUGCCAACUGUCCCCUCCCCUUCUGGUCCUGCUGUUCCAUCUGUUGAGCAGACUCCUCCUGGGAGUAGUGAGUCAGAAAAUGUUGUAAGUAGAUUCUCCCUGACAGACAAGAAGAGAGAAGACAAGUACCGCUGGGAGCGGGAACAGAGGGAGCAACUUUCUGCAAAAUACAAGGAUGAGAGAAUGCGGAAGAAGAAGGCUCAUGACAUAGUUUUAAAAGGGAUUGAAGACGACCGCAAAGCCAAACAACUCAAGACACCAUCGCACCCAUCACCAACUAGCCCAACUGCUUCAGGAUCAGGUUCUGUGAUAUCAUCAGAGCUCAAAGACACACCAGCAACGGUCUCAAUGAGUCCUGAGAUUUCACCGCAGUCAGACCGUUCUCUAGAUGUGCCUUCUGGGAGUAAAGAAGGAAAGGACACAGCUAAAGAGACAAAAAGCCUUGCUCCUGAACCCCCAGUGAACUGCACUCUACAGAUACGUCUUCCAUCUGGUCAGCACAUGAGGGAGACAUUCUCCUCCAGUUCUUUGUUGAGUGAAGUCAUCAGCAAGAUCAAAGAGCUUCAGCCAUCUCUGGGUGACAAUGUAGAGCUAAUGCAGCCAUUUCCAAGGAAGGUAUAUACUGCUGAGGAGCUCACCAAAUCUCUUUAUGAUUUAAGCCUUACACCAAGCGGAAGUCUGGUUGUCAGAGCAGGUAGUCCCUCACAAGCUCAAGCACCAGGUUUGCCUGAAGAUCUCAAUACUGGCCAACCAUCCUCCGGAAGAUUACCUAGGAGGAUUGAACCCAUGCCAAACCACUUUGCUGAGCCUAUGCAGACACCGGUGCACCGAUGGGGGCGGGGUCAUACCAUGGGGGAGGAGCAGGUAGAGGGAGAGGCCAGUGAAGAAGAGGGUGGGAUGGAGAGAGCAGGAGGAGGAGUGGUUGCUAUGGAUGAUGCAGAGAUGGAAGAAAUCAGAGGAGAAAGACUCUUUGAUGUAAGUGAUGGAGAAGAGAGGAUGGCCGUGGAUGAGGCCGGGCUAGGACGCGGUCUGCAGGAGGAUGAGGGAGAGGAGGAUGAGAUGGGUGAUGAUGAUGGGGGCGAUGUUGACAUGUGGGGACAGGCAGUUCCUCCUGAGUUGCAGUACAUGGCUGGUAUGAUGGGAGGUGGUGGUGGUAGACCAGGAGGACCAGGAUUUGGUCAACAUGCAUGGGGAGAAGGGCGUCGUCUGAACAUUGACGGACCGGGGAGAUUCGAUUACGGAUUUGCCCAUGCUCAAGGGGAGCAAGAGGGAGAAGGAGGGGAAGCAGCUCCAAGUCCUGGUCGUAUUGCUGCUGCAGCAUUACAGAGGCUUGUCAACGUUGCCCCGACCCCACUCAGCCAGACCUCCCCACCCACAGAGAGACCCAUCCCUACCCUGCUAGACAUGUGCGUCAAGUGUACCUCUAAGCGUUUGGAAGGCCACCCGGGAGGACUCAGCAGACUGGAAGCAGUGCCACCCACAGUGGCAGAGAGGCUGUUGACUGAACUCAAGAAGUCAGGACAUCUCAGACCAAAGACAUUGAUGAUGUUUAUUCCUUGCCACUUGCAACGUCUAGCCUUGGACUGCUACAAGUACACCACCAAUGAGCUUCUUCAGACGGUGCGCCCUCAUAUCCAUCUCUCAUCUCUCAAUCUGGCGUCGUGUCCGCUCAUCACAGAUCAGGGGCUGCUACAGAUUACAAGUCUGAAGAAACUACAACAUCUGAACCUGAGCAACAACAAGAGUCUCACUGACAAGGUCUUCCAAACUGUACAAGAGUUUUCAAGUUUAACAACAUUACUGCUUGAAGGGACCGGCGUGACGGAUGCCGGAUUAGAAACCUUUGUAGCUGUCCCUCCACCCAACCUCACAAACCUGAGUCUCAAUAGGACCAAUGUGACAGACAUGGCAGUACUCUUCUUAGCAAGGUUAUCAAAGCUGAAGAACCUAGGCCUUGAGCAGACACAGGUGAAAUCUCUGGAGCAUGUUGGUCACCUGAGUCAGUUAGUGUCCUUGAACGUGUCUAGGAAUCGUCUGCAGAGAGAUGCCUUGCUCAAGCUUCAUCAGGUCACUCAUCUCAAGGUUCUUCAUAUCUCACAUGUUGAGGGUGUCACUGGUGAUGAAGCUCUCACUUGUCUUCAAGGGUUACAAUUAAUGCAGCUGUCGUUGCCUGACAGACACACAACAACAGAUAAUGGUCUGAAGUGUAUUGCAGGGAUGUCGCUGUGUUCAAUAGACCUGACUGACUACAGCAAUAUCACUGAUGCAGGGAUACACCAUCUUGCUGAUAUGACCAGCCUUCACAAACUCUCUAUCACAAACACCAAGGUAACCAGUGCAGGCAUGCAGUACUUGAGUGGUCUGACAGAGUUGCUUGAACUUCACUUAGAUCGUACUUUAGUAGACGAUGAAGGGGCAAAGGUCAUAGGUCAGCUGACUAAGCUCCAAGUUCUAAGCAUGGCAGAAACUAAGAUAACAGACCGGUUUCUUCUAUCUAAUGUGAUCAACUCCUGUCCUCACAUAUCUCGACUCAAUUUGAGUAGAACAAACAUUUCAGAAAGAGGUAUCACAGUGCUGUCAUUGCCAUAUCUCACUCUCCUUAACCUGGAUUAUACAUGUGUGUCAGUUGACUGUGCCCAGCAUCUUACCAAGUGCCCUAGCUUGAAGGUUAUCCGUAUCAACAAUCUCAGACAUCCAAGGGUCUUAGACCAGAACUAAGACCAGGAACUGAAACAACCCCAACAUAUUAGAUCAGAAAUUAAAACCAGGACUCGCAAUCUUGGAAACACCAGUCUUAGCACAGAACUAAAACCAGGAACUGAUACAACCCCAUCAUACUAGAUCAGAGCUGAAACCAGGACUCACCAUCUUGGGAACCCCAGUGUCUUAGACCCGAACUAAGAUCACCUUAGAACUCUAAACCAGAGUUGAAACCACAAAUCUAUAUCCCAGGUUGUUGUACCAUAACUAACAACAGGAACUGAAAUCACGCUGUCAUGUAAGACCAGAGU